AUGUCGUCGGUACCGCCGCUGCUGUCUGCCCCUGGCGUCGGCAAGCCGUCGCGCUCCGCCUCGGCCGUGUUCAACGUCGGCGGCCGCUUUUGGCACAUUGACUACUACCCCAACGGCACCGACGGCUCCUCCAGCGACUCCGACGGCUCCAUCGACCUGUACCUCCGUCUCCAGAACACGUACAAAGUGGAGCGCGUGUGGGCGCAGUACAAGUUCAGCCUCCUGGACCUCGCCGGGAAUGACUCCUACGAGCUCCCCCUCGAGACUGGCAUCUUCAGGUCCACCGGCCACAACAACCGCGGCGAGGUGUCCCCGGAGGACCCUGGGUGCGGCUACGCGGGCUUCAUCACCAAGGAGGACCUGGAGAAGCGGCGCGACAGCCUCCUCAAGGAGGACUGCCUCGCCAUCCGAUGCGACGUCGGCGUCACGGAGGUGACGACCAUGGCCGUGGGGCCAAAGAACGGGAGGCCGGCGAGUACCAGAAACUACGGCGGCUAUGUCUACCCUGACGGCGCCGAGUCUCCCGACGAGGAGGAUGACGGCGGCUCGCAUGAGGGCAAGCGUGGUGAGCCGGAUGACAAGGAGUACAUCCGCCGCUGCCUCUCUGCCCAACGCCGAAAGUAG